CAAAACCUUUCCUAAAUCCUUCCUGUAAAAAAAAUCAAGGGUGGGGAGAAGACGUUGAUGAUCAUACCACACAACAAAAUCAAAAUUUAGAGAAGAAACAAUUGGAAAUUAACAACAAAUUAUAUCAAAAUCUCCAUAAUUUCUGCAAUCCCACAAAAAAAGAUAAUUGAUGGCAAGCGAGGAAGAUGCCAUGAACUCGCAAUCAACCGAAACACACACAGAAGUCGGUGAAUUUACUUCAUGUAUUCAUGAAUCCGAUAAAGAUACCAAAAAGGAAUCAGAGCUUCUUUGGCGAAGAGUAAAAACAACAACGUUAUUGACAUAUUUGGAAUCAAAAGCGAGAAUCAUGACGGUUCCUCAUCUAGCCCUCACCUCGUGUGGCAUCAAACAGUCUGACGUUGAAGGGUUCAUUGAUAGAACUGGUACACCCAUGUCUAGCUGGUCUAAAAAUGUCAACUUUUUUGACUUUGACUGUCGGGAGGCUGAAACAUCGGUUGGGGUCAAUAGUCAACACGGGCUACUUGACGAACAAGACGCGUCGUACAUGGGGGAAAUGCUGAAUAGGGUGCAAACGGUUACCGAUGUGAUGGAAUGUCUAGUGAAAAGGGUACUUGUGGCAGAAUUAGAAAGUAAUAACGCGAGACAGAAAGUAAGUUUAGGUCAAGAAGAGAUUAAAAAAAAGUCGAUUCAGAUUGAAACCAUGUCAGAAAAGUUAGAUGAAAUGGACCGUUUUGCAUCGGGUACAAAUUAAACUGAAAAGCGAACUUGACCCGUUACACAAUAACUAUUAAUAAGCAAGUAUAUGACCGUGGGGCUCAUGAGGAUGGAAUGCGUCAACCAGUGAUGAUGUUGAGUUUAUAGGAAAUUUGUGACCAGUGGCGAAACUUGAGAUUUCCGACCGAGGGUUGAAAACGUACACACCCAAAAAUUUCUAUAAAACGGGGGGUCGAAAACGUAUAUACCCAAAAAUUUCUAUACGAAAACUACAUACCCUCCACUACUGAGCGAAAAGUUCGGGGGGUCGGCCGUCCCCUCCCGCCCCCACUAUCCUACGCCCUUGUCUGUGACGUAAAGUAUUAUAGCGGUACUGCCAUAGAUGACUAACAAGCCUGAGAUUACAUAAGUUUCUUAAACUGAAGUGAUCAAGAGUGUACUAGUGUGUGUUUUGUGUAUGGCAUGAAACAGGAGAACUCA